UUGCUGACGGUUGAACAAGCUCCUUAAAAUAAUUAAUUUUAUUUUACUUUUCCAAAGUCAAAACGUUGUGAAAAUGCCUUCGCAUGCGGUUAUUCCAUCGCCCAUUGCCUCGCGCAAGUUACCUCCUGGCAGAUCUAUGCCCAGGUCUUCAGCUAGGAAUAUCAAGCAGCGUUUGGGCGAGAAAUUUCGUAAUACCGAGGUGGUCAGACGCGCUCUCGGCGAUGAAUUCAACGAGUGGAACGAUCGGCGUAUUUGGAAUGACAAUAUUUCCGGUGGAGCCGGAUUAUUGUCAGAGCCAAAUCCGCCACCACCGCCAGAGAAUCUGGACUGGAAUAACACUUAUCGUCGUCGCGAGAUGUCGCCCAAUAUUGAGGCCUUUAUGAACUUCAAUGAUCAGCCGGAACCCGAGUACAACAAUGAAGUUUAUGUGGGACCGGAGCGCUUUUCUUCGAAUGAUUUUCAGCGCGGCAUGAAACAGCCAGCCAUCAUCCGGAACUUCCCAGAUCUUUCUAAUUCAGCACUCAAGGACAGUUUCUCGUCUGGUGACUAUCACAGCUUCGAGGGUCGUCGCGGAGACUCUGGUUUCAUGGAGUCUUCUUCGUCGUUCAAUUAUGGCGGCCCGGAGAUAAGUCCCCAAGAUUAUACGGGACAGAGAGGUCUGGGCAACGAUCAAUGGCGGCCAUAUGAUCUGCCGGCAGAAGUGGCCAAGAAGCGGCGCCGCGAGCCGAGCCCCCGCGUUCCUGAGCGUCCUCGUGCUGCUCCGGAGAUUUUAGACAAAGUCUAUCAUAUCGGAGGCUACAAGUUGCCAUACAUCACCAACGGAGUGCGGCUGCCGCAGCCAGAAUCAAAGUCCUUCCUCGCUCGUUUCUUUAAGAAAAGCCCGGCUUAUCGCAUUACUCGCAAGAAAGGCAAGGAGCGCUCCCCCGUAGAGCAUGUCUAUCUUGAGUCGAUGGAUGUCAACGAAUUUGAGGAUGAGGGAGGAAAGCACUUCUCCCUCUACCGUUUCCGCGAGGACAUCGCCAAGGAGCUAACCAAGGUCUAUCGCGGCAGAUUUUAUCGCACCUGGGACGGCUGGUGGAAGGAUUUCAACAGCAUCAACUUGGACAUAGACAAGGAACUGGACAAGUUCGAGGAUUUCAACGUAAAGUAUAACUUCAUGCCUCCCGGCGUAACUUGGAACUUCGCCGAUCUGAUCAACAAGGCCAAGAUCGCUCUGACCAAGAAUCGUAACAACUAUUUGGGUAACAUGCGGAUCAUCUACGGCCUUAUGGAUCACACCAUCCUGGCCAACAUGCCCAUGGAGGCAGUGGCCAAGCUGCAGGACUUGAUCCGCAGUGUGCCCAAUCACCUGUGGAUCUACAAGUUGCGCUGCAUGGUCUACCUCUGGUACAACUACAAACAGGUGAUGGACAAUAAGGACACCAAAGACAAGAAGUACCAGCACGUGUCCAAGGAGUGGAACAGCCCCGUCAUCCACUGGGUAGCCAAGCAGGCCUUCAAUGAGCUGCGCAACAUCAGCCAAACCGAGUAUCCAGCUUUUAACAAGCUCUAUCGCACAGCCAAGGGUGCCAAGGCUUGAAUUGAAAUUUACAAAACUUACAACAGCUUACUCAUUACCUAAUUAAAUGUAAUAAACAUAACAUUGGAUUGAAUAAAUAUGCAACAAUGAAACCUCUUUUGCAGCGAUAAUCCUA